CUCCCUCUUUCUCUCUCCUCUCCGCUUCUCUUCCGCUGCAAGCCGCAUAGCUUUGCCCAAUUCGUCUUCCACCUCCGCCUCCUCUUCCUCCAAUUUCACCGCCAACUCACAAGAUGAUGCACAUGACCUUCUACUGGGGCAAGAAGGUGACGAUCCUGUUCGACUCGUGGCGGACAGAUUCUUGGGCGGGCUACCUUCUCAGCCUCAUCGCUCUCUUCGCCGUCGCCGCCUUCUACCAGUACAUGGAGGACCGCCGCGUCCGCUUCAAGAUUAUCGCGAGAUCCAAGCCCUCCUCGACACCGGGGAUCGGGGCCCCCUUCCUCCUGCCCGUCGCUGCCUCCCGCCUCGGCCCCCCCGCCAGGUUCGCCUCCGCCAUCCUCUUCGGCGUCAACUCCGCGAUCGGAUACCUCCUCAUGCUCGCCAUCAUGUCCUUCAACGCCGGCGUCUUCAUCGCCGUAGUUGUCGGCUUGGCUGUGGGGUACCUCCUCUUCAGGAGCGGCGGGGAGGAGGACUUGGUUGUGUUGGAGAACCCCUGCGCCUGCGCUUGAUUGGGCCCUCCUCCUUCGGUACCCGCCUCAAAUUUAUGCUUCCUUUGUGUGUUCUGUUGCUUGUACUCUUCUGGCAUGUGUGUGCUCGAAUAAUUCUAUGUUAAUUAUGGUCAUUCCAACCCUAAUCUCAUGUAUGAUGUGAAAAAGAUGACAUUUUUAUGGGCUCUGUUAUGUGCAAGAUUAUAGUAUGGUGACUGUGGGUCUGUGAAAACAUUAAGGAAAGAAAGGAAAACAAAUAGUAUCACUGUUUCUUGUA